AAUGUCGGAAAGUCAAUCGGCAAGUGAAUUAAAUGAUUGGAGAGUUUGUCAUAAAUCUAGGAAUAAAUCAAAAUCAAAGAUUGGGGGAUCAAGAGGUAAUUUAAAAAAAUCAUCUAGUGUAAAGAAUCCAGCAAAGAAGGUGUCGUCUUUUAAAAAGGCUGGAUCGAACAGUCGACUAGCUAAAAAACCAUCUGCGCCUACUAAAAAGUCGAAAGAUAACUUGAAAAAGAAUAGUAAAUAUAAUAGUGUGAGGGAAGUAUCAAGAUCUAGAAAAGAUGAAGAAGAAGGCUGUUGUCCUUGUCUGGGGUCAGGGACACAAGAAAAAGGAAAAAGAGCUAAGGCUGUAAAAAGUGCACGAGGACGCUCGUCUCCGGUUUCACACAGAGGAAAACAAGGCGUGAAGCCAAAAGAAAAAUUCUCUCCUUCCGUAGACAUUAAAAAGCCUGCAUUAAGGAAGAUAUCUUCCAAAAAGAUGAAUAAGCCCUCCCUGCAAGUUCAAGAAACACUUUCCAUUUCUAGGCCAGUAAAGCAAAGUCUUGAAGUACCAGUUGAAAAAUUCCCCCCACCAUCACCUCCUGAACUUCCACGAGAUGAUGACGUUGAUAAGAGAAAUACCGAACCGGAUUUAAUUGAUACAACAAUCUCUAUUAACAAAGAAACGGAUGAGUCAGUACAUGAGCAAAAGAAAUUAGGUCAAACACCGUCCAAAUUACAAUCAUCGCAAGAUGACUUACCGGUUACACCGGAUAGGUUUACGUCAGAGGAGAAGAAUGUCGAACAGAUGCGUGCCGACAAGGAAAUGGAUAAUUUAACACCGGUGGAACCUAAGACGGAAAUUUCAAUUCAUUCAGAUAUUCAUAAGAAAAGGACAGAGGAGAGAGAAUUCUCUGAACCUCUUAAAGAGAAUACAAAUAGCUUAAAACCAGUUGAUUCAACAAAGGAAAAUAAUACAAACUAUUCAAAGAAAAAAUAUAGAAGGGAUUUAAUACCAUUUUUCCUUAAAGGGAAUUAUGGUUCAGUAAAACCUCUAUUCGAGCUAAAUGAUCUUUGGUUCAGAUCAGUUGAUGAUUCAAAAGAUUAUAUAAAUACAACAACAAUAGCAGUAGAACAAGCUGAAAAAGGUAUAUUUGAAACCCUCGACGAAAAUGAUGAGUUGACAAAAUUAUUUAUUGAAAAAAUCAGUUUAUCCAAAGAAUUGUCUGACAAGGAAUUUAAGUUAAAUACUGAACUGGAAAAUAAAAGGGAACUACGCCUACACUUUGCAAAAAUCAAUUCAUUGACCUCAGAUGGAAAUUAUAAACAAAUUAGCACCAUUUUUGAUAGUUUAUUAAAGGGACCUAGAACUAUUUCAAAAACAUCUCAAUUGUCCACCAAAUGGACGAAAGAACAGGCUCUCAAUUCGGCAUCUGUUCUUUUUCAAAAAAUAACUAAAAAGACAGAAGAAAAGGAAAUAAAACAAGAAAAAGAGCAGGAAAAAGAGCAGUCUAAAAUAAAAACUAACACAUCCAUUUCAACGAACAACGAAGAAACAAAAGAGAGCGCUUGGCAGCUCGCCAAACGCUAUGACUUUUCCUCGGAUCCAAACUUUGAGGAAAAGAGAAGGAACAAUAGAGAUAAAUUUCUAAAACUACUUGAAGAGCAUACUUUAUAUAAAGGACCAACGAGAGGAUCUUACCAGAUGCCCAUAAUCGAUUUUCCCUUAUCAGUUCCAGCUCUUAAUAAUAACGUAUUAGGAGACAACCAAUUAAGGGAUCUGUAUUUAUCCCAUUGGAGGAAAUUAGUACCUAAUUGUGAACCGAACUUUUCUGCUAUUCCAAAGCUAAAAUUUAUCAAUCCUUCUUUUAUUACUUUGGUAAAAAGUAAACAAACGGAGAAUAUAGUGCUUUUAGGUGUUGGUAAAAAGUCGAUAGUUGUUGCCGGCUAUAUGCAAGAUUCAGGAAAUUCAACGUCCGAAAUAUUGAUGGAAUCGAGUUGGAAUUUGCAAGUUGAAGGACGCCUCAAUAAUUACUCCGGGAGACCGACAGUUAUUAAUAAUUGUAAUGCUACCGGUCAAUUAGCGGUUGCAAUUAAGAUAUAUAAGGCGUCUUCGAAUGAUGCUACGGCUGUCAAUUUAGUGAAAGAGGCUGUUAUGAUGAAUUACGCUAAUAGAAAUGUUAAAUUUGGUGGCCCUCAAUUUAUGGGCUUGGUUAAUUUAUCGAGUAAUAAGGAAUUUCUACCGAUUGGCAUUGUAAGUAUACUAAACGGAGAUCCAGAGACUUUUGAAGUUGUUACAUUGGACCGUUUAUUAUGGCAAGAGGUGUGCAGUCGACUAGAAAACCCGCCAAAGCAAAUACUCGAAAAUAUCCGUUGGAUGAAAUUACUUCUCAACUUGACGAAACUUUUGCAUAAGUAUCAUCGUCGUCUUAUUGUUCUUAAUAAGCUGAGGAUGAACUCUAUCGUUCUGAGAUAUAUCGACGGAAAAGGUUGGACUAAUCCAAAACCAACCAAUUUAUCCGAAGCUACGUUACUCAAAGGAUACUCAAAGUGCCUUAAUUAUCAACUUACAACUAUUUCUAAGGUUAAAUCGAACGGAGCAGGUGAUACAUUAGCUACUGAAAAUAGGUCGUUUUCAGCCGAUAUUACCGCCCUUGGUAAUAUUAUUAGAGAUGUGAAUUUAGCUCUAAAUCUGGGACUAGAAGGCAUAGUUGAGUAUAUACAAUCAGAUACACCGACGCGUGAUUAUUGGUCAACUUGUGAUGUGAUUGAAGCCCUGGAGGGUGCUAUGCGUGAAAGGCAACUUGAAAUGAAAAAGAAAGCUGAAGAAGCCCAAGUGGCGCCUUCUGUCGGAGUUGAGAAAUUAAAGAAUCUUUUCCGAACUUCCAUACAGCAACCGUUAGAGGAGAAAACAAGCAAAGCAUAUGCUACAAUCGGAACAAAGUAUACAUCAAAUUCUUCCAUUAGCGGAGAUUUUUGCUUUAAAUGCUGCCGCCGUUAA